GCAACAACGUUAUCAUUUAUUUCUCUACUGUUUUUCGUCGCCCCAAAAGAGGAAGACUAGAAACCCUAAUCUGAAAUUGCUACCCGGCGAUGGCUCGUACGAAGCAAACUGCUCGAAAGUCAACCGGAGGCAAGGCUCCUCGAAAGCAGUUGGCCACCAAGGCUGCGAGGAAGUCGGCUCCGACCACCGGAGGAGUUAAGAAGCCCCAUCGUUACCGCCCUGGAACUGUCGCUCUCAGAGAGAUUCGCAAAUACCAGAAGAGUACCGAGCUGCUGAUCCGAAAGCUGCCGUUCCAGAGGCUUGUUCGUGAGAUCGCACAGGAUUUCAAGACGGAUCUGCGUUUCCAGAGCCACGCCGUGCUGGCUCUGCAGGAGGCAGCGGAGGCAUACCUCGUUGGUCUCUUUGAAGACACAAAUCUGUGCGCUAUCCACGCCAAACGUGUUACCAUCAUGCCCAAGGACAUCCAACUUGCCCGCCGUAUCAGAGGAGAACGCGCUUAGGUCGUAUUGAUGGUCUCAGUAUAUUAUUAUUAUGUAAUUUUCUUUCUUGACUAUGACUUCUCUCUUUCGUUUUGAGUCUCAAUUCAUGUAACAGUUUAUGUGCAUGUGCUAGUUUAUGGAUCUGAAACCUAUUACUAGUUAGACUGAUGUGGUACGUUUACUUGGUUAAUAUUUAUAGAAAAUAUGUGAAAUUAGCAUGCUUUAGGGAUGAUUA